CUCGACUAGCUAGCUAGAUUUAACUUAUGCACAUUCUAAUUUGACAGAUUCCAACGAUGACUGGUUCAAAACCUGGCUGCAGCAGGGCCAUGUACGUAACGGCUGCAACCACCAUUUCAUCAUCACUAGCUACUACCAAAAGCUGUAGAAGAAUCCCAGAUACUGAUAAAAUGAUCUUGUCUUCAUAUAUAUAGAAACCAUCUACAGUAUCACUCACCAGCGAUAUUAACUGUAGUAUAUACAACCCCGGCCAUGAGAUACCAUGAACAUGUUUAUAGCGAGAAAAUGCUACGGUUCUUUCCCAGCGAUGUUAACGUGGUUGCUGCUUGUUUUGCUGUCCUCGCAGUUUCAGCCAUGUCCAUGCUACACGUCGUUUGUCUUCGGUGAUUCCUUGGUGGACGCCGGCAACAACAACUACCUCUUCACUCUGGCCAAGGCCGACUCCCCUCCUUACGGCGUCGACUUCAAGCCUUCCGGUGGCCGGCCAACUGGGAGGUUCACUAAUGGCCGUACCAUACCGGAUAUUAUAGGGCAACAGCUUGGAGCGAAGUCAUUUCCUGACCCCUAUCUGGCACCAAGCGUUAAUCAACUGGAAAAUACAGUACACAUUGGGAUAAACUAUGCUUCUGGGGCAUCAGGAAUUCUGGACCAAACAGGAAUGCUCUUUAUUGGGAGAGUUAGUAUGAGGGAGCAGGUGAAUGAAUUCGAGCAGAGCAGGAGUUACAUGGUGGAAAUGAUGGGGGAGAAUGGUACGAUGGAGUUCCUAAAGAAAGCCAUCUUCAUCGUAACUACGGGUUCCAAUGACAUCCUCAACUACGUACAAUCUCCUCCUCCAUUAGUGAUGGGUACUGAUGAUGUCUCCCCACUUACCCUCCAGGACACAAUGAUCACCAACCUCACUCUCCACCUCAAGCGACUGCACGAGCUUGGAGCAAGGAAGUUGGUAGUAGUGGGUGUCGGGCCGCUGGGUUGCAUUCCGUUUGUUCGAGCCGUGAAGUUAAUACCACCCGGUCAAUGCUCGACGGAGGUGAAUGCCAUAGUCCAAGGCUACAACGGGAAACUAAUCCGCGCACUUAGAGGAUUGAAUCGAGAUAUGGGACCGGAUCGUUCCAUCUUUGUCUACGCGAAUUCCUACGACAUCUUCCUUAACAUCAUCUCGAAUCAUCGUAGUUACGGGUUUGAGGAGGCGAGCGAGCCAUGCUGUGGAGCACUGCCGCCGUUUCUGUGCUUCGGCGAUCCAACUAGGAACUCGUCAACGGGGUCAGUGUUUUGCGAUGACCGAUCAAAGUAUGUGUUUUGGGAUGCGUAUCACCCUACCGAAGCUGCCAACCUGAUCAUGGCAAGAGCUUUGCUUGAUGGGAAUCAAAGCAUGACUUCACCAAUCAACAUACGCCAGCUGUACCACUAGUUAUUAAUUAAUUAAUAAGCAUUUCAUGCCUUUUCCAUUGAGCCUAUCUGGAGGCAUGCAAUUUAUUAUUAUUAGUAACACAUGAAGCUAUCCACGUGGUAUGCAAGCCCAUGCUGCCCAUUUUAAUGCCGGCCUCUUCUCAGCCUCUCAGGCCUGCUUCUUCUUCUCUCUUUUUUUCUCGUUUGGGUAUAAUUAAUAUGAUCAGCCUGAGGAAUUUUGUGCAGAACAUAUGGUAGAUAGAGCAGCGACAUUUAAUGAGGAUGCUUCUGCAUGCCGACUAAGUCAACCCACUACUGCUGUAAUUUAACGACUUUCUGAAACGGAAUUGAAUUGUGAAGGGCAACAAAAGUCAAACUAACCAUUGAUCGACCUCCGUAGGAUUUCAAUUUCGAUAAAAAGGACUUACAUAUAAUGUAUAGUAAUGUAUCUUCCUCGGUGGUGUUUUGCAUUAAAGGCAGCGCGUUGACCUUUUCUCAGAAAGAUCAUUUACUUACUGCAGUAGUAUGCAGAUGAAGAGAGAAAGCAUGCAAUUCGCUAGCUAGCUAGCAGCUGCUUGGCUAGGGUUUGUGGAGGUUGGAGGGCCGGCCAUAACCAAAACCACAUGGGUGUUAACAAUAAUGCAGGGAGGAGGUGCCAAAUUAAGUGGGAAGUUGUGGAAGAGCUGGAAGUAGUAGACCAUAUAGCUGGCUAAGCUUGCUUGUCAUUCUGCAAUUGGCCAUAACCAUAUAUAUGGAUGGGCCAUGAGCCCAUGACAUUGACCAUUCUCUUGGUUCUUGUCUCUCACCAGUAAUGCGCAUCAUGUGGUGGUUACCAACUUACUUUGCUAGCUAGCUAUCCUAAACACAAUGCACAAGUAUGGUUAGUCAUCCUAAUUAGUCCUACCUAUAGGCUAACAUCAAGGGAAGUUAAGCUAAUUAGCUAGGGCAAGCAUGCAAAUUUUGGAUAUCAAUGGACGAGAAGUUCAAAAACGAUUUGUGCUUCAUAUAGGGUGGGUGAAUAGCGAAAUAAUAAUCAAUUCAUCACCACAUAGAUUUAUCUACGUGGGAGGCUUGAUGCCAAUUAGUUGAUGGUGAAAUUUUACUUACAGACUGUUUGGUACCAAAUGGAUCGAGAAUUCAUUUCAUUGUAAAAUGAAUUAUCGUGUAGAAUUCAUUUUUAAAUGAAAUCUUGUGUUUGGUAUGUCAUGUUCAAAUCUUUAGAAAUGAAAUAAAUUGUCGUGUAGAAUUCAUUGUCAAAUGAAUUCAUGUGUUUUGGUAUGUCAUAUGUAUAAGUAAUUUAGUUAAUAAAAGAGGAUAAUCAUAUCAUUAUAUUAAAAAUAGUAAAUACUUGUGGAUUUCAUUUGGAAAUUUCAUCUCAAUUCCUCGGAAUUGCUAUGACUAGUUCCAAUUCCGUAGAAUCAAAAUUUUAGAAUUGAAAAUGAAUUCUUUCAAAUACCAAACACAAAAAGAUUUCAUUUCAAAAUAAAUUUCUCAAAACUUAUGGAAUUGAUUUAUACCAAGCGGUAUGUUAACAUGCAACGAUGACAAUAAUGUAGUGAAAAUAUUCAGGCUGAGUGAGGGUUCAGGACUGUCUCAAACAAAAGGAUUCAAAAGCUAAACCAAACCAGCACACCAUCAUAUGAUUUUUUUCCUGUCACAACUACAUAUGGCAAAAUGAUUUUCUCAAUUGGAACCAACAUUAACAUUAAGAAUAAGGUGUCAUGCUGUUGAUAAGCAAAAAUUACUAAAUCGCGCGCUAUUUCACAUGAUAUAUCAAAAUUGAUAGCUCGAUUGUUAAGAAAUUUGAUAUUGCUACCAAUACGCAAUAACAAUAUUAUGGUUUGUUGUACCAAAAAACCAAAAAUAGAUAACAAAAGUCGCGAAGCACAAGUUCUACGGUUGUAUUAAUCCCUUUCUAUAUUUAUUUUGGAUGACAAAGCAUGAUGAUUAGAUAUCUCGAAUAGAAAAUGGAUGGAGAAUGAUGAAAUGGUCGAUUUAUUAAAAUUUAAGAGUUAAU